UAACAGUAAGCUUUAAGCUUGAUGUUUUUAUUUAAUAUUUAAUAUUUAAUAUUUACACUUGUGUAAAGGCAAAUAAUUUUUUUUUAGGUUAUGGGUGAUGGUGGUCCAGAAGUAACAGAAGAAAUUAAGGUCCUGGCCAAGGGGCCCAAUAAAAUUGCACGUACAUAUAAAGGUUUUUUUUAUUAAUGGAUAUACCUUUCACAUAAAAACCAUAUCUAGGUGUCAUUGCACGUACGUAGGGGGUGCACCACAUGCAUUGACAUACAAAACAUGCCGCCAGGUACAUGUGUUCAUAUAGAGGUGAAUGAGAAUAAUGUGCCAAGCAAUAUUUCAGAGUCUGUCCUAUUAGGAUCAUAUCUAGGUGUUAUUGCAAAAGAUCCUGUGCUGGCACCCUUAUCCUUUCCAGAUUGGAGAAAUAAGGGUCUGGAGCCUUUUAAGAAAAAAAAAUGUUAGCUGAAGUGGAGGUAAGUAAAAUAUUAAAUAAAAUUUUAAUAUUAAGGUUUAUGUUAUGAUUAAGAAAAUAUUUAUUUAUAUUGCAGUCAAAGUUUGCAUUUCCUGGACAUAUACAUCACUGGAUUCUUCAAUCCCUUGGAGUUAAGUGGCGUAACCAUAAUAAUUUAAAAGCUGAGCAUUGGGAUUGCUAUCCUAUCGAGGAAAUUAUGAAGUCUAUUCCAGCUGGUGUUGAUGCAACAUUGUUUUGUCAUCUAGUCAAUCAGUGGUCACAACCAAAAGAUAAGGCUAUCAAGGAUAGAUUAUUAUUAUGGAGAGUUAACAGAUUGUGUAAAGAUGGCACCUGGUCAUCUGAAGAUGCUAAUCAGAGAUGGAUACAAGCUUGCGAGCUUUUGGCUAAGGAUGAGCUUACACCAGAGGAUGGGAAUGUGGAGGCUAACGAAAGGGUGUUCAGUAUGGUAAUGGGACCUGAACACCCAGGCAGAGUUAGAACCCAAGGUUUUGGUGUAACACCUACACGAUAUUUCCCUCAUAGCACAAAUAAUGGCACGAGUAGUUGUGGAAGUAAUUUAAGUCAAAUAGUUAAUCUCAAAGAGGAGGUCAACUCAUUACGUACUGAAAUGAGGCAAUUCAUGCAAGAAAUUUGAAUGCAGCAUCCACCUCAAGGAAGCUCACAAAUGGUAUGUAAAUUUUCACAUUCUAAUUUUAAUAUUGGUUAUUUGAAUACUAAUAUUUUACAAUCUUCUUAUAAUUGAUAGGAUGACAAUGAAACUUCUUCUUAAAGAUGAAGUUAUAGAAGAAAGAGAAUUUCAUUUUGAAGAUAACCCAUGUUUGUGCAAGUUGUUUUGAAAUGCAUCUUGGUAUGUAAUUCUACUUUUUGGGAUGU